AUGCCAUUUCAGAAGCACGUGGUUGCUGCUGCUGCUGCUGCUGCAGAGAUGCAGCGCGGUCGCGCGGGCGGCUCAGAGCAGCAGCAGCCGCAGCAGCAGCAGCAGGCAGCUGGGGGCUUGUCUUUGCCUUCAGAGUUUUCUGUCUACAUGCGGCAGGCACUUGGGCUGGUUGCAGCAGCAGCAGCAGUGUCCCAGUCGUCGCUUGCUGCUGCGUUCCCCUCGCUGCAGCAGCAGGCGCUGCAGCAGCAGCAGCAGGCGCUGCAGCAGCAGCAGCAGGACCCUGCUGGGGGCAGGCUGUGGGACAAACUGAUGGGCUCUUGCGAGGCGACACUAGCUGCAUGCAAGGCGUCGAUUUCAGCAGAGCAGGAGCAGCAGCAGCAACUCCCAGCAGCAGCAGCAGCAGCAGCAGCGGAAGAGGAGCUGGGGACACAGGCACUGCUCCGCGUGGAGGGUUUGUCGUCGAUUGUGACUUCUCUGGUCUACACGAACUUCCUUACGCUGCUGCAGCUGACAGCUUUAUCGCAGCAGCAGCAGCAGCAGCAGCAGCAGCAGCAGCGGGACAGCAGCAGCUGCAGCAGCGCUAGUGUAGUCCCUUCGCCUCCUGCAACCCCGACGGCCACAACAGUCAGCAGCGACUCCCCCAUACAUCAGCUGCUGCUGCCGCCGCAGCAGCAGCAGCAGAAGACUGCAGAUUCGCAGCUUCUGUUGGCUCUCCCUCGUUGUGCUGCUGCCGAAGGUGCGGCAGUGCAGCAGCAGCAGCAGCAACAGCAGCUGAAGCAAGAACCGUCGCUGCUAAUGCAGGAGAUGCAGCAGCAGCAGCAACAGCAGCAGAUAUGGGACCUGCAUGAGGCGUUCCAGAAAUUUGUUGGGACGUUUGCAGGUUCAUUGCAGCAGCAGCAGCAGCACACGGGGAGCAGCAGCAUCCUGGCGCCUUCAGCCGCGCCGCACUUCGACCAGCAGCAGCAGCAGCAGCAGCAGCAGCAGCAGCAGUUAGACCUGCUCCUCAGCAGCACUGUUGGGGGUUUGCAGCUGGGCACAUCUGCAGCAGCAGCUCCUGCUGCUGCUGCUGGUAAUUCAGCAGCACAGCGGCAGCAGCAGAUGCUGCUGCCAGCAUCACCAGCCCCCAGUUUGCUGCCAGAGACCAACUCUCUGCUGCAGCAGCAGCAACAGCAGCAGCUGCCGGCGACGGCGAGCGGCACACAGCAGCAGCAGCAGCUCCUGCUGCUGCUGCAGCAGCUGCAGCAGCAGCAGCAUACCAAGCAAGACCCUGGGGUAGGCGGGGGUCUUCCGCGGCAGUGCAGCAGCUUAGUUGAUGCUGCUGCUUUUCUGCAGCUGCAGCAGCAGCAACCUCUGCCUUCCAUCAGCGAAGUGAAUAGAUUCCUGCUGCACAGCAGCAGCAGCUGA